AUGGCACUGGCGGGAGCAAGGGUGAGCUUGUGCAGUCCCAGCCAGAUUCUGAUUUCAUGCUUGCAGCGAGGAGAAGUCGAAGCGAUCUCGAAACACUUCCCUGCUUGGGGUUUGAGCAUGCGUGGUUGUCAUUGUUCUGCAGGUGCGCAGGGAGAACGAUCUGCCGACCAAAGGCCUUCUUACGGUGGCCCCAACAUCUUCGAUGCCCCGUUAGUCGCUGCCUGCUUUCGAAGACUUCCAGCCCUGGCCACAGUGCACUCCCGUGCGCAGAUGUUGCUGGGCGACACCUUCGUGGCACAAGGUGGAGCCCCGAAGUCGAGGAAUGUAUCAGUGCUUGAAGAGUUGGAACACGAAGGCAAAGAUGGCCGACUGGACGUCGAGGACUGCGGAGGAGUCGCCCUUUUGAGCAGGGCGGACGGCCGAGUUGAGAGCAGGUUUUCUUUGAAUGUUUGUGCAAGGUCGAGAUGUGAAACUUUUCCGUCAAACAGUGCUUUCCGAACUCGGCCCUGA